AUGGUCUGCUUCUUUUAUACUCUUUACUCUUUCAUAUUUGCUUUGCAAGUGAAAGGAAAAUUCUCUGAGGUGCUUAUCGAGAAGGUUAAGGUGUACUUUAUAAGUGUCGGACUGGUGAUCAAGGAACUUUGGAUUCUGGAAGACAUAAUAAAAAGAAAGACUUCAUUGUUUAUUGCUUUCAGUGUGUUUUGUAAAGAUUCUAAGACUUCAAUUCAAUCCACCGAUAAUUUACGCCAUCUGCACGUAGUUGAUGAAAAUACAACAUCUUCUUCACAACCUACAGGUAGCCCUGGUAAUAAUACAUCAGGAUCUGCAGGUAAACAUAAAAAAGUGUGCCAGGGGCUUUUGGAUGACAUUGCAGAUGGUGCUAUAAAACUAGCAAGUCACUCAACACCAGAUGUUCUUAAAGAACUUUUGUUUUCAUCAUCAGAAGAAGCUAAAUUAUUUAGAGACUGUAUACGAACUGUUAAUAAUCAAUUUGCAUUUACAUCAUUGGGAGUGAAGUGCGAUAAAAAUUUAACAAAGCGUAAUCAAGGAAUUUAUACUUUUAAAAUACAAGGGCAAAUGUAUCAUUUCUUGAAUGAUUUAGAAGCAUCACAAAAUCUACAGUUAUAUUUUCAUGAUACUGAACAUGAAGUUGCCAACCGAUUUAAAGCCUGCCCUAGAAUAUCUGAGUCUAUUAUUGAAAAAGUUAUGUAUGUUCUUAGAGACAAUCCAUACGCCAAAUUUUUCAGAACACUUAAUGAGAUAACAAAUUUUGAUGAUUAUAAAAUCACUUUGAAGACUUUUCCUGAACUUGAUCAAAGAGUUUACAACAAGCCACAAACAUCUCAAGUAGCUGCAUUAUGGCUUGAUGUUGAAGACAAUCAAGAACCAUCUGAAAGAGAUAUAAGAAUAUAUAACCGUAGUGGCAUUCCGCAUAAAAUACAAUAUUAUUUUGGUUGCUAUGAUCCCCUUCAAUAUCCUUUACUUUUCCCUUUUGGCGAACUUGGGUGGCAUCAAGGAAUAGAAAAAUUAAGAACCACUGUCUCAAAAAAGGCAGCACAAACUUAUGCAUCAGUGCCUAUAAUUUCACCUUCAGAUAUGGAAUCUGCUGAAGAUUUAAUUGAAGCUGAACAUGGUGGUACAGGAAAAACUUUUCUUUACAGAGCUUUGUUGGCUGACAUUAGAUCGAAAGGUUAUAUAGCCUUAGCAACUGCUACUUCAGGAAAUGGUGUAGAACCCACAUGUAGUAACAAUUCAGUGCGUUUACCUCCUUCGCUUAUAUUGGGUGAUGCUAAUACAGAAGAUGCUCUUGAACAACUAAUUGCUAUAAUUUAUCCUGAUUUGCAAACUACUCCAGUACAAAAUGGCAACUAUGGAGAUAAACAAAAUGAUACAAAUCCGAGUUUUCAAAUGAACAGGGCAAUAUUAUCUACUAAAAAUAGAUUUGUUGAUGACAUAAAUAACAAAUUAAUUAAUGCCUUUCCAGGUGAAAUGGUGGAAUAUCUCAGUUUUGAUGAAGUAGAUAAUCCUAUUCAUAAAGGUCUUUAUGAAGAUAUAAUAAAUUCUUUAACCCCAGGUGGAAUGCCCCCUCAUAAAUUACAGUUAAAAGUAAAUGCUCCUGUUAUGCUACUUAGAAAUUUAGAUCCUACUGAAGGCUUGUGUAAUGGAACACGACUUAUAUGUAAAAAAUUAAGUCGAAACAUUAUCCAUGCACAAAUAGCUGUGGGAGACUUCAAAGGGAAAAACGUUUUUAUUCAUAGAAUUCCAUUGAAGCCUUCCAAUGAUGACCAAGUGCCUGUGGCUUACACAAGAACACAAUUUCCUAUUAGGCUAUGUUUUGCUAUGACUAUUAAUAAAGCUCAAGGUCAAACACUAGAAUCAGUCGGUAUUUAUUUAAGGGAACCUGUUUUUUCACAUGGACAACUAUAUGUAGCAUUGUCUAGUGCAAGACAAUCAUCAGACAUUAAGUUUGUAAUCAAACCGCCUUUUUUCAGCCCACAUGAAUUUGACAUCACCAAAAACGUGGUUUACAAUGAAGUUUUAGAGGCAGCUUCAGUGACAAUGUCGAGGAUAUAUCUGCCGAUUAAGGAAAUUACGGAAAACACCAACAACUGGACUGCGCUUAUCCAGGUUGUUGAGAAGCCACCCGUUCAUCAAAGCAAAAAUGAUUCAACGAUGCAUUAUCGCAGAUACUUAUUCACAGAUAAAGAGGGCACAAAAGUUGCUGCAGUUGUUUACAACACUGACAUCGACGAAUUUGCACCACCGUUGCUCAUGCCAUACAAAAGAUACUACGUUUCCGGAGAAAAAGUACGUCCAGAGAUACCACUGUAUCAGGUUGGUGAUUACAAGUACAAAUGGACUCUGGUCAAAGGUACAAAUGUUGAAGAAUAUGAAGAACCCCUGCCCCCACAACUUCCGUGCUCAAUUGAAAUUCAUCCGUUUGCAAAUUUGCACAAAUAUGCUGAUACAGAGAAUCCCAGGAACUUACUUGCAGUUGUUGUUCGUGCUUUUCCAAUAAAGACUAUUGGUGCUAACACAACACGCGAACUAAUCAUUGUCAACAAAGAAAUGAAACCAAUGCUUCUUACACUAUGGAAUCAGUUCGAGACAGACCACGGUACAACACUGGCUAACACAAUUGCAUCAGCUAACAUUCUCCUCGUUAUGAGAAGCCGAGUGACCACAUUUCAUGGAUUGUCGUUAUCGACUAAAGUAGGGACUUGCUUGAUGGUUAAUCCACCUAUAGCUGCCGCAGCCGAUCUCAAACAGUGGUAUAUUCAGAACAAAGCCUAUGUUGCAAAGCUUAUCGAUGAAGGAGAAUAUGAAAACACAGACAAAUUAUACCCAUGGCCUGAAAGCAAUGAUAUAACUACUGUGCAAAAGGCAAUGGCAUCCCUCAAAUAUUUAAAAAACUACUGCAAUAAAGAAAGGAUUCUAUACGAAGACUUGUUGGAUAAGUGGAAAAAUCAAGCUCGCAGGCGACAGCAAUCUUUAUGGUCAGCCACGUGCAGCAACUGCCGCAAGAAUUACAAUAUGCCGCCAAACACGGCAAUGAAAUGUCGAAGCUGCCAGGCAAAUACUUACGUUGAAGCAAGGUGUCGGAUUCCAAUGGUGAUUAAGGAUGAAACAGGAACUUUAUAUGCAAUGAUCUAUGGGACUGAUGCAGAGAAAAUUAUCCCAUUCAGCGGGAAUGAUUUGUAUGAAGCAGAGAAAAAUGGCCAAGACUUAAAAGGUGAAAUUGAAGCAUUAAUAGAAAAGCACAGAGUUGUAUGUUUCAUUAAGUAUACCGAGUCUGCUUAUCAUACAAUUCUAAAGCUCUAUACCGCUGACGACAUGAACACCGAGAAGAAUAUGCUUGAAGACCAACCCCCCAGAAAAGACACACCCAGUUCAUCAUCACCUCAGGUUGUGGAAAAGCAACUCUUCACCCCAACACUCAAAAAUGUACUCCAGUCUGUUUCCAUGAAAAUUGAGAAAGAUCCAAGCAUAGGAAGUUCAGAAACACUUGUUAAGAAACGCAUCAACUUUGAAAGCCAACCAACAGCCUCUUCCUCAAUCACAACUGCCGCGCCAUCAAAACAAGCUUCACCAAAACCAAGCCAGUUCAAUCCUGAAACACAUGCAGAUCUACCUGCCAGCCCUUCAAAGAAAAGUUGACCCAAGAUGGAUUGACGCCUCGACACCUCCAGCUUUUGACUUUUGGCUCACCACCUCAAGCUUUUGACUUUUGAACUAGAAAAACAUGACGAAUGGAUGCUUCUUUUGUGUGCAAAUUCGAAAUUUGAAGGAUUAGAAAAACCUAGCUAAAAACUUAUAUUUUUGUGGUCAAAUCCUUUACAGAAUUAGAAACAUCUAUAUACAUAUAGAUGCUUUUGGAUUUUGUAAAAGGAAAAUACUCAAUGUGCUAUGCUAAUGACUAUGCUUUUGUAUAUGAAUCUUUUGAUCAUCCAAU